UUUUCAUUGUGUUUGCAGGUGAUUGAAACAUGCCGCCAAGAAAAAGAAAGGGAGGUUUCAAAAAGAAGAUCAAGGCCGUGGCUGAGCUUGUGGGACUUUCGAGUGGUUCGUCGUCGCAGACACGUCCUCCUAGCGCUCCUCCUAGCCCUCCACCACGGAGGAAGAAUGCCCAGCCACGGCGACUUCGUACCCCUUCUCCUAGUCCUCCCCCAGCCGAGGAUGAUGACGAGGAGCAGUGGGGUGGGGAGGACGAGGAGGACGGUGAGGAGCACGGUGGGCAGGACGAGGAGGCCGGUGGGGAGGACGGUGGGGAGGACGGUGGGGAGGACAGUGGGGAGGACGGUGGGGAGGACGGUGGGGAGGACGGUGGGGAGGACGGUGGGGAGGACCUCGAGGAGGAUGAGGGGCUGGGGGGUAUGCCGCAGGAGCUAGACCCGACCCUAGUUUGGUCUCCGCCGGUGGAGGAGGUGUACGUUGCAGCCGAGGAGAGGCUGGAACCACGGGACAAGAAGCCGUAUAGGCGCGGGAUUACGAAACUCCCCAAGCUAAAAACUUGGGCCUUCCGCGAUGUUGUUCUCGUGCCCGCUGGAAAGAGCAUGUUCAAGUAUGGCGACCCGAGGAGGAAGCCGACACGUGAGUACCCGAACAUCCUUGGAGGCAUAAUUAGGAAGCAUUUCCCUGGGAUUGUCAAUCUCCCUACUGGUGGCCGCGACGUGGCUUGGACUUGGAAGCACUACAGCUACGCGGAAGAUCCUAGCGGCAAGUACGAAAACAUGCAAGAGCGGGUUGUCCGCCACUUCUGGAAAUACUUCAAGAGGGCUGAGGGCAAGGAAAUUGCGUGCGACGUUAUCUUACACGAGUUGUGCAGGGUGAGGGUGACUGGCAUGCACUACGAGGCACGUGUCCAGUGCGUCCGCGACUGGCACGCCGAGCGCAAAGUUUGGAUGAGUAAGGCUGAUUGUCGGGAUACGCUCAUGGCACCAUGGCAGUACCUGCAGGUAUUAGCAUCGAUGUGUUAUUUAUUUCCGCAUUUUCAUGUAGUUUAUGUUCUAAUAAUGGGUCUAUCUUGUGUAUGUAGCACCCUCCUCGAUACGUCGGGAAGACAGGGCGUGCUUUCUUGCGAUGGUCAUAUGGUGGACAUCCCGCGAGUACGCCGGAAGCACGAGGAGGGCAAGCGAAGCGUUCGAGAGAUGGGAGGUGGAUCACAUGUCCUGGGCAGCAAGAACUUGGCCCUUACCUUGCGGGAUGAGGUGAGCAAGUGGUUUCUUCAUUCUUUCGUUUUAUGUUAUUGCUAG